GGGAGCGAACUCGUUCCGAUGAAGCCAUUUGUCCCUAAGCCCUCGCCGUAGCAGCCGCCGCCCAUCCCUCUUUGUGUGCUUCGAGUAGUCGCGGAGCCAGUGGCGGCGACAAUUGGUGUGGGUGAAGCAGAGGGACGUUUUCGGGAAGUUGCAGGCGGGCGGAUUCUUCCCCAUCCCGCCACCUGACAGGUCACAAACAUGUCGGACAAAAGUGAACUAAAGGCAGAGUUGGAACGUAAGAAGCAGCGGUUGGCCCAAAUCAGAGAGGAAAAGAAGAGAAAAGAAGAAGAAAGGAAAAAAAAGGAAACUGAUCAGAAGAAGGAAGCAGUUGCUCCUGUGCAAGAAGAAUCAGAUCUUGAGAAAAAAAGGAGAGAAGCUGAAGCAUUGCUUCAAAGCAUGGGGCUAACUCCAGAAUCCCCCAUUGUCCCUCCUCCUAUGUCUCCAUCUUCCAAGUCUGUGAGCACACCGAGUGAAGCUGGAAGCCAAGACUCUGGAGAUGGCGCAGUGGGAUCUAGGACGCUGCAUUGGGAUACAGAUCCAUCAGUUCUUCAGCUUCACUCAGAUUCCGAUUUGGGACGAGGACCUAUUAAACUUGGAAUGGCUAAAAUUACACAAGUUGACUUUCCUCCUCGAGAAAUCGUGACAUAUACAAAGGAAACUCAGACCCCAGUUAUGGCUCAACCCAAAGAAGAUGAAGAAGAAGAUGAUGAUGUAGUGACUCCUAAACCACCUAUUGAACCCGAAGAAGAGAAAACUUUAAAGAAAGAUGAGGAAAAUGAUAGUAAAGCUCCCCCUCAUGAGCUGACUGAAGAAGAAAAGCAACAAAUCUUGCAUACAGAAGAAUUUUUAAGUUUCUUUGACCAUUCCACAAGAAUUGUAGAAAGAGCUCUUUCUGAGCAGAUUAACAUCUUCUUUGACUACAGUGGAAGAGAUUUGGAAGACAAAGAAGGAGAGAUUCAAGCAGGUGCAAAACUGUCACUAAAUCGACAAUUUUUUGACGAACGUUGGUCGAAGCACCGGGUUGUUAGUUGUUUGGAUUGGUCAUCUCAGUAUCCAGAGUUACUCGUGGCUUCCUAUAAUAACAAUGAAGAUGCUCCUCAUGAACCUGAUGGUGUGGCCCUUGUAUGGAAUAUGAAAUACAAAAAAACUACCCCAGAGUAUGUAUUUCACUGCCAGUCAGCUGUGAUGUCUGCUACAUUUGCAAAAUUUCAUCCAAAUCUGGUUGUUGGUGGUACGUAUUCAGGCCAAAUUGUGCUAUGGGAUAACCGUAGCAAUAAAAGAACUCCAGUGCAAAGAACUCCACUGUCAGCUGCUGCACACACACAUCCUGUAUAUUGUGUAAAUGUCGUUGGAACACAAAAUGCUCACAAUCUAAUUAGCAUCUCUACUGAUGGAAAGAUUUGUUCGUGGAGUCUGGACAUGCUUUCCCAUCCACAGGAUAGCAUGGAAUUGGUUCAUAAACAGUCAAAGGCAGUAGCUGUGACAUCUAUGUCUUUCCCUGUUGGAGAUGUCAACAACUUUGUUGUUGGGAGUGAAGAAGGCUCUGUGUACACAGCAUGCCGCCAUGGCAGCAAAGCUGGAAUCAGUGAGAUGUUCGAAGGACAUCAAGGACCAAUCACUGGCAUCCAUUGUCAUGCAGCUGUUGGAGCAGUAGACUUCUCACAUCUUUUUGUCACUUCAUCAUUUGACUGGACAGUAAAACUAUGGACAACUAAGAAUAACAAGCCUUUAUACUCAUUCGAAGAUAAUUCAGACUAUGUUUAUGAUGUUAUGUGGUCACCCACUCACCCAGCCCUGUUUGCCUGUGUGGAUGGCAUGGGGAGGCUUGAUUUGUGGAAUCUCAAUAAUGACACAGAGGUGCCAACUGCCAGUAUUUCCGUGGAGGGUAAUCCUGCUCUUAAUCGUGUAAGAUGGACCCAUUCUGGAAGAGAGAUUGCCGUGGGUGAUUCUGAAGGACAGAUUGUUAUAUAUGAUGUGGGAGAGCAGGUUGCUGUCCCCCGAAAUGAUGAAUGGGCACGGUUCGGGCGAACACUUGCAGAAAUUAAUGCAAACCGGGCUGAUGCAGAAGAGGAAGCCGCUACCCGAAUACCUGCUUAGCUCCAGAAAAGAGGAUAGGUAGCCUUAGUGGAUUUGGAGAAGACUCUAAGUAGAUCCUAAGACUAUUUGCAUGCUUCUGUCAGAAUGAUAAUUAAAAGGAAAUUUCGUGGGUUAAACCAUGGAUAUUAUUAAUGCAGUAAGCAAAUCUUACAAUGUCCCUUUUUAUAUAACAUGCAUCUUGUUUUGGAUUUGUGUCAUUUUUAAUACAGCUGAUUGACUUUACUGAAUGCAGCCUUUUUUAAUUCUUAUACACAGGUGUAUAUUUGGUAUUAGUUAUUGUUUGAGUUCUUUUCAACUUAAAACACUGUAUACAGUUAUUUCUAAAGCACAGAUUAAAUAAGUUCUGCAUAUUUUUAAAUAAUCAUAAUUCCCUGUUAUACUGACAAUGUUCUACUAACCAUAAUAUGUAGAAGCACUGGUGUGUCUUAGCCAUAGCAUGCGUACAUCUACCCAAGUUACAUUCUAGUAUUUUUCUUCUUUAUAAUUCAUGUGAUAGCUAUCUAUAAAUAAAAACAAAUGUGGUUUAACUUUU